AUGUUCCUAAGAUUCCUCGCAAUUAUUUGCUGCCGUCGAGCUACUGCUGGUGGUUGUCGGUUCAUUCAAGACCUUAACCAUUUUUCUGCUGUUGAAAAUGGCAAAACUCGAGUCCACGCCAUGCCAUGGGUGACUUGUACUUUUGUCGUUUCCGAGUUGUUUUGCCUUCCAAGCCAGUCCAUGAGGUCCUACUCAUUUGAGAUUGUGGAUAGUCAUAAGUGUGACGCUUGUUUGGGUGGCAAAGCCACAGCAUUGCCAUUUAAUGGUACCACAGAAAAAGCUAGUCGUCCUUUGAGUACUUCUUAUGUGGAGUUGUUGGUUAGGAAAAGUGAUGCAAGUCUUGCCAUUCGUAACUUUAUUGCUAGUUCCUCAUACUCUCAACAAAAUGGUGUUGCUGAGCGAUUGAAUCGCACAUUAUUUGAGAAAGCCAAGUCUAUGCUUUUAUAUGCUCAUGCUCCUGAAUACUUAUGGGGUGAAGCUGUUAAUUCUAUUGCUAGUUCUGAUUCAAGUUCUGGUUCUAGUUUUGGGUCUCAUAGAUCUUUACCAGCAUCCUCAUCUGGUUCUGGUUCUGGUUCUAUUUGUGCUUUACCGUCUCCGUCUCCGUCUUCUUCUCCGUCCUCAUUCCCGUCGCCUUCUUCUUCUUCUAUUAUUGUUCAUAAGUCCUUUCGUUCUGUUCGUCGCAUUUUGUCUACACCUUCUGCCUCUCUUGAGUCUCCUACUCUUCCUUCUAUUGCUUCAGUUCCAUCUCUUCCUAGUUCUCCUAUUCUUCCACCUUCAGAUCAUGAUGUCUCUAUUUUCCUGACUCAACUGGUGUUAGUGUUGUCCCCUAAGGAUGAUACUCAAGCUGUUUUGCCUAAAUCUCGAUCUCGUGUUGUUGCUGUUCGUUUACCUUCUAUAACUCCUGCCAAACGUCCGAGUUCUGAUGACAUUGUUUCACCUCCUUCUAAACAUUUUUGUGAAAAUUCUUUGAAACAAUCUCCAGUGUCUGCAACACCUGCAAAACGUCCAGCUGAAGAAGAGUGUAUUUCUUAUCGUCGUCUCAAAUCUCUUCGUUUUGAGUAUGAUGAUGUGGCUUUACUUGUUUUUACAGAUCCUAGUAGUUUUGAAGAAGCUAUGUCUAGUGAAGAAGCUUGA